GAUCGACUGUUGUGACUUAUAUUGUAUAUAAGCCGAGAAAUAGUUUCGUAUUCAUAUAUAUUAUUACGUAUAAUAAAAAGCUGUGAAUAUAAUUAGGAUCAUUGAUAACAAAUGUUUCCACAUCAAUCAUAAACUUAAUACGCUAAUAAAUAUAUCAGCCAAAUUAUAUUAUAUAAAAUAUAAAAGGAAUAUUUUAUUUCACUUAAUGUUGAAAUUUUUUUUUGAUCAAUGUAAAUAAAAAAUUAAUAAAAUUAUAUUGCUGUGCAUCAUAUUCUUAUAACAAUCAAGUGCCAUGUUCGAAAUUAGAAAAUACGCGUUCACUGACUAAACUGACUGUUUCAUUCUCAAGUCGUAACUUGCAUCAAACAAGAUCUAUACCUAUAUAGGUUGUAGAUUGGUACAGCUCGGUAUUCGGCGAUCGGUAUUUUAUUUGGAAGUAGUGCAUGAAUGACAGAUGAGCAAAAUAAUUAGAAAAUGUAAAUAACUGUUAUUUUGCAUAGUUUUUAGCGAAAUUUCUUAUAAAAAUCUUUAAAACUACUCACAGUUAUUUGUUUUACAAACAAUGCUAUAUGUUUGUAAGAAAUCAUGGAUGCAACUAUAAGAUGUCAAUUUGAUGUUAUUAUGGAUAAUUUCAAGGAAAUAAAAUAUAAACAUACCUGCCUAGAAGAAGAAUACAAAACUAUGGAGCUACUGUAUAUAAAACAAAAAGAAAGGAUAGGAGAAUUAGAAUCCUAUCGGAACCAAUUAAUCAAACUUCUUAGAAAACAAAUGGACAAAGCAAACACUUUCAAAACUACGGUGGAGUCUCUACAAAAGGAAAAUAACAAUUUAAAUGCUACGAUCCAAGAUCAAAAUUUAUUGCUUAAUGAAUACUCUACAACAAUUGAUCAAUUGAAAAAGGAGAACACAUUGUGGAAAAACAAAUGUAACAAACCUAAAAAUGUCAGUGACAAAAGAAUACAGAAGCCAAAUAAAAACAGUGUUAACAGCAAUUUUUCACACCCAUCAUUUAUCAAUAAUUCUUCACCAACUUCAGUUACAAAACUAAAAAAGAAAUCUCCAUUGGUUUUGCCAAAUAGUGAGUUCCAGCUGUUGGUGUAGUCGAUCUUCAGAUGACCAUACGCGUUGAGUGUGAUGUGGGAGGUUUUAUUGCUGUAAUGGCUUGGUUCCCUAUAUCCUACGGCCUCGACCUCAUCCAAUAGCAACUCAUCCUCUUCCAUCAUAAGCGAUGGUGCUUCCAUUAACAUCUCAUUCGGCUUUCGGUGAUAGUAGCACUCUUCUCUGCUACAGGAAAGUUUUAGUUACUUUUGUUUUACAACAUGUAAUUUUCGGUUAUUUAUAUUUGCAAAUAUAAGAUAUUAUAUAUAUAACAAUAAGUGACUGCAGAUGACGCGGUUUACACGUAUAUAUAGAGGGAAAAAUGCUACUUCAAAUUAUUUUGACUUGAGAUAUUUAUUUCACUAAAUCCAUCUCUGAUGGGUUCAUGAUCUUACGACUAUACGUUUGUUAUUCUUAUUAUUAUUACUAUUAUUACUUAUUAUUCAAGUUUAAUCAUAUUGAUUUAAUGUGAUAAAAAUAUUUGUUUUUCGUUUUAAUUAAAUUGAUAGAGUAUCCAAAGUAUUUUUUUAAUUCACCAAAAAAUGUAAUUAAUAGGAAAAUUAAUCAUGAACUUGAUGCUUCAAAUAUUUAUUAUUCAUAAUAUAAAUUUUAACGUAAGA